UAAGUCGCCUACGACAAUCGACCGUACACGUAGAAAACAAACAGACAAGGCUACGUUUAAAAGCCCAGCACACCAGGCGCAAUGCAAUAAGCCCUGUGCGCUAGACAGUUAGCAGAUACUACUAGCUCCAGGACCAGGCCUUGCCAUCCACUCCCGGACCUGAUCCACGAUAGCACGGGCCAAUCCCGGACGAAAGAUGCUGGGUGGCAAGCGGACAGGGUCACGGCACAUAGCCGUUGUGCUGCUGAUGUGCCUCUUCUGGUACGUGAUCUCCUCGAGCAACAACGUGAUUGGCAAGAUGGUCCUGAACGAAUUUCCUUUCCCGAUGACGGUGACUCUGGUCCAGCUGUGCAGCAUCACGCUGUACAGCGGACCUUUCUUCAACCUGUGGCGCAUUCGAAAGUAUCAGGACAUUCCGCGCCCCUACUACUACCGCCUGAUAGUCCCGCUGGCGCUGGGCAAGCUCCUGGCCUCCGUCACCUCUCACAUCUCACUGUGGAAGGUACCAGUUUCUUAUGCUCACACAGUAAAAGCCACAAUGCCACUAUUCACCGUCGUGCUCACGCGCAUCUUUUUUGGUGAGAAACAACCGACACUUGUGUACCUCAGUCUGCUGCCCAUCAUAACGGGAGUAGGUAUUGCUACUGUCACGGAGAUCUCCUUCGACAUGAUGGGUCUGAUCAGUGCCCUCAUCUCAACAAUGGGCUUCUCCAUGCAAAACAUCUUUUCAAAGAAGGUGCUUAAAGACACCAACAUCCAUCAUUUACGGCUGCUGCAUUUGCUUGGCCAGCUGUCGCUGUUUAUCUUCUUGCCCCUCUGGUUAUACAUGGAUAGCCUUGCUGUAUUCCGCCACACGGCCAUUAAAAACCUGGACUACCGUGUGAUUGCCCUGCUUUUCGCAGACGGCGUUUUAAACUGGCUGCAGAACAUCAUCGCCUUCAGCGUCUUGUCUCUAGUCACUCCACUAACCUAUGCAGUGGCUAGCGCCUCAAAGCGGAUCUUUGUGAUCGCCGUAUCGCUCCUGAUCCUCGGCAAUCCGGUUACGUGGGUCAACUGCCUUGGUAUGACGCUGGCGAUUGUGGGUGUGCUGUGCUACAAUCGCGCCAAACAGAUGACACGGGGCCGGGAGAAGCCCACGCUUCCGUUGUCGCAGAACAGCCAUGUGAAGUACUCUCCGCUGGAGCAACAUACAGAUCCGUAUUACCGGGGAUCAGUCAACGGGAAACUAUCUAAUGGGUUGCACAGGACGCCGGGAAACAGCCUCUUGGCCAAUGGCAGCGGAAUGCCGAACGGAACGACAACGCGGCUGCUCUUUGUAUAGUUUGUAGUUAGUAAAUGUAUCCAAUAGGCGGGUUAGCUGAAUAGAAUUUACCCGUGACCACCGCCACGCAAUUCACGACUCUCUCUAUCUCUUUUUAUAAAUGUAUAAUCUAUAUAUGUAUUGAAUACGUUUGACUAAAGAGGCACAACUCUAAAUUUAUUAAGUUUAAGGAAGAAAAAGAAAAAUUUCUUUAUGGCUUCAAUCGUAUUUGAAGGAAACGAAACUUCUCGCAAAUGUCUAUUUUAUAUAAAUACAAUUUGUGGAAUAAACUAGACACCAAACUACAAUUUAAACAUAAAAGUAUGCUUGCUUUAUUAAAUUGAAAAUGAUAUAAAAAAGCAAGGCGCAGAGGGUGCUAAUACAAUAUGGCUAAUUAUCAGCGAUUAGGAAAUUGACUGAAAGAGUGUCUUUGAUAUUCUGUAAAAGUUUCAUAUAUGUAUGACUCGCAAUAAGAAGGAUCUUAAAAUGUAUACACAAGAUGUAUUCUAUGACAUUCUUUUAGGAAUUAAACUCGAAAAUUAAAAAUGAGAAUGUUGUGCCGAUUGAGUCAAAAGUUCGUAAAAUAUGUGUGUAAGUUAACCCAAAACGCAUAGCAAUGCUGUAAACGUAAUGAAUUUUUGAUAUAAUUUCAUAGGCCAGCGGAGUGUGUAAAUAAAUAGUUCAAGUCCCUGAUUUCCAUA